UAUCAAUUUUGUUUCAAGAACCACAAACAAACAGAACUUUUGCGGAUGUCAUGUGUGCAAAUGACAAAGCGCAGAAGAAAUAUACCCACAAAGCAAAAUAACGAAAAUUCAAUCGUAGGCCAUUUUGUUUUUAAAUAAGUUGUGAAAAUUUUAAGCUAAACGCGUUUUCUAACAUUUUGCAAACUUUCUAGUUAUUUAGUUUCUAUUCUUUUAUAAUUGAUAUAUAAUUUUAUCAAUCUAAUUAUGGGACGCAAAAAGAAGAAGGCUUCCAAACCCUGGUGCUGGUAUUGUAAUCGAGAAUUUGAGGACGAAAAAAUUUUAGUUCAACACCAAAAGGCGAAGCAUUUUAAGUGCCACAUUUGCCACAAAAAAUUGUACACAGGUCCCGGGCUAUCGAUUCAUUGCAUGCAAGUGCAUAAAGAAACAAUUGACAAAGUACCGAACUCUCUUCCCAAUCGCUCUAAUAUAGAGAUUGAAAUUUUCGGUAUGGAUGGAAUACCUCCAGAAGACUUGCGUGAACACGAACGACAGAAGAACGGGGGCAAAUCGGACUCGGAUGACGAUGAACCCGUGGCAAAGAAGAAAGUCGAAGUUUCUUUGGCUGGACCACCACCAAUGAUGAUGCAAAAUAUGAUGCCACACAUGAUGGGGCAGUUUAAUCCAAUGGGACACAUGAUGGCGCCCAUGGGAAUGCCUCCGUAUAUCGGGCCAGGGGGAAUACCAAUGAUGCCACCUCACGCAAUGAUGGGUGCACCUCCUAGAAAUCUGUUUCCCGCUGUGAUUGUGUCAAGUGCGGCUGCAUCGCAACCUAAGCCGACUUUCCCCGCCUAUAGCAAUGCUACAAUCAGCGCACCUCCCACAACAAACAAUCUAAAUGCUACAAGUGCUACAACAAGUAGCACAACGGAAGGACCUCAACCGCAAAAACCAAACAUAGUAACUAGUGGAACGACUUCAAAAAUUAUUCAUCCUCCCGAAGAUCUUAGUUUAGAAGAAAUAAGGGCCCGCAAACCAAAAUAUCAGAAUAAACUUUCAACUGCAACGACUCCCAGACCCUCCAGUGCGAGUAGUACUGCUCAAUCAUCAACAACAUCAACAUCGACAGUAAAUACUACAGCAGCAGCCAUUUCAAAAGCUCAAGAAGCAGCAGCAAUGGCAGCUGUAGCCCAAGCCCAAGUUGCCCAAGCGCAAGCCCAAGUUGCUCAUGCUCAAGCACAGGCGCAGGCUCAUGCCCAAGCUCAAGCGCAUGCACAAGCACAUGCUCAGGCCCAGGCACAUGCACACGCUCAAGCGCAAGCAGUUGCCCAACACCAACAUCAACAACAAAAACAAUUAGAAGAUCUGAAUCGUGCAGUUAUGCUGCAAAGACUACAAGCUGCUAGACCUGGUGGUCCUCCUCUUGGCAUGGUUCAAAUGGGACCAGGAAUGCAAUUACUUCAACCUAUGAUGCGCCCAGCCAUGGGAAUUGGACCACACGGACAAUUGGUUGGGGGAAAUAUGUUGCGACCUGGACCACCUGGCAUGGGUGGAAUGCCUGCAGGUUUGUUAGCACCUGUACCAGGUAUGGGAGUCCCUGGAAUGGGUGUUAUGUUACCCGGCCAUCCAAUGCUUCAAAUGAUGCAGCCGCGAUUUCGGUGAUCCACUCCUCAGGGGCCAAUUUGUUUGGCUCCCAUAUUGAAUUUGCCGAUGCCAAUUAUUUACCCGGAUGGAUGAGAACAACAAGAGACGACGAUACAAACAAAUACAACUUGUCAAAUAUCAACAUCUACCACAAGUGUACCUCAAACAAUUACAACAACAUGGCAAACUGGAAACCUUACAAUAAAAACUGAAGAAACAGAAAGCAAGUGAAAAAGUUUUUUCUUCUAAAAAUUAAAAAACGUUUUUAUUAAUUAAAUAUAAAUAAAUUAAUCACAGUAAUGUUAAAAUUUGAAACAAAAAGAAAAUUAAAAUGAAAGCAGCAUUAAUAUAUAAACAAAAAAAAGCAAGCGAAACGACAAAAACACAAAUAAAUAAUUCCUCUUGAUUUUCCGUUCUACUCUCAAUUUCCUACUCUAAUUAAUAGUUUUUUUUUUUUUUUUAUGUUUUUAGAUAGAUUUACCUAGAAAAUGUAUGCACUCAAGAAGUGUUAAAGAAAAGUUUCGUAUAAAUAUUAACACAAAUGAAAAAGAGAGGAAAUAUUUUUCUGUUCAAAUAAAAAAAAAAAACAGCUAAGUUUGGUUAUGUUAGUUUCGUGCAAAGCAAA